AUGGGCCAAACCUCAACAGAAGGUAAUCUUGAUAAGACAACCUUGGCGCGCCUCAUCGAGAUGAUUGACGAGAAUAACUGUUUAGCUAAGCUUUUCCGACGGGCACGUGACUACUACGAAGGCAGCGGGCAAGAGUUUAAUAUAAGGUUGCUCUCAGAUAAAGGAAAAGGUAAAGAAUAUGAUCUUCCGAGUACGAGUGAGGUCUCAGGCCUUAUCGUAGGAGAUAUGUCAUCAACAAUUGGAGUACGAGAUAUAGUCGUUCAAUUCCAAUCUGACACUUUGCAGCAGAUACGUGACGACCACCCUCUGUACAUGAGCCUCCAAUAUCCUCUUCUGUUUCCAUAUGGUGAGUAUGGAUUUCACCCCGAGAUCUCAUUACAUCUCGAAACAGACACCUCGAGAACAAGGCAGUUCCUGACGAUACGCCAGUACUACGCUGCUCAGAUACAAACACGUCUUAACCAGGGGAUGACAUUGGUUAAAGGGGAUCGUCUCCUCCAUCAAUAUGUUGUGGACGUUUUUACGGCAAUCGAAGAAGACCGGCUAAGGUGGGCCAGGAAUAAUCAAGAUGUUUUGCGAGCCGAGCUCUAUAGUAAUGUACUCGAUGCUGUUAGCAAGGGUGACACUGAUGCUAAAAUCAUUGGACAAAGGUUCAUACUGCCGCCAAGUUUCACCGGCGGGCCUCGAUACUUAGUUGAGAAAUACCAUGAUGCGAUGGCUAUCUGCAGAGAAUAUGGGAGCCCAGAUUUGUUUAUCACAAUGACGGCCAAUCCUAACUGGAGAGAGAUUAAGGAACAUCUUGAGAUAUACAAUAGAGACUCUCCCAAUGAUAGACCAGACAUCGAAUGUCGGGUCUUUAAAAUGAAGUUAGAUCAGCUACUGAAGGAUUUCAAAAACGGAACUUUCUUCAAGCCAUACACAGCAGCUCUCCACAGAAUAGAGUUUCAAAAAAGAGGCCUCCCUCAUGCACAUAUAUUAUUGUGGUUUGAAAAGUCUUCCAGAACACCAAGUUCGGAAGAAGUAGAUGAGAUUAUUUCAGACGAGCUCCCAAACAAAGAAGAAGACCCAGAAGCUUAUAAUUUAGUGACAAAACACAUGAUCCAUGGUCCAUGUGGUGUCAUUAAUCCGAAGUCACCGUGUAUGGAAAAUAAUGUGUGCACAAAGAAGUAUCCUCGGCCGUAUAAUGACAGCACUUCGAUUGACAAAUCAAGGUAUGUAUUAUAUCGUCGCCACCGGAAUGAAAAUGAGUCUGUGGUUAAAAGUGGAGCAAAUUUAAACAACACGUUUGUUGUACCUCAUAACAUUAAUAUCCUAAAGAAGUAUGAGGCUCAUAUUAAUGUGGAAUGGUGUAAUCGUACAAGUGCAGUGAAAUACUUAUUCAAGUACAUAACCAAGGGUGUUGACAGAGGAUCCGCAGUUAUUGAAAAAAGAAAUACGGCAACUACCUCUGACACAAUGGCUUCUGGAGAACCAAAGGAAAAAGUGAUUAAGCAACGGAAUGAGAUCCAAGAAUACAUCGAAGCUCGGUAUUUAUCAGCUUGUGAGUCCAUGUGGCGAACUUUCAAAUUUCACAUACACAAAAGAAAGCCGUCCGUUGAGAAGCUUAUCAUUCACUUAGAAGGCGAACAUAACAUCACAAUUAAAGAAACUGACAACCUCGGCCGCAUAAUCCGCAAACCAGGUAUUGAGAAGACAAUGUUUACUGAAUGGAUGGUAUUAUGCAGAAGGUCAGAAUUUGCACGCACAUUAACUUAUGUGCAAAUACCAGAAUAUUUCGUAUGGAACAACAAUUCCAAAGUCUGGACUGAACGUAAGAAAGGAAAAACCAUUGGGCGAAUUGUGGCUGUCCAUCCAUCAGCAGGUGAUCGAUACUAUCUGAGGAUCCUCAUUAAUAAGAUUAAGGGUCCUAGAAGUUAUGACGAGCUGAAAACUUUCAACGACGUGAAAUACCCUGACUUCAAAUCAGUUUGCCACGCACUAGGCUAUUUGGACGAUGAUGUUGAAUGGCUCGAGAGUAUGUCGGAGGGUGCUAGAACAGCCACCCCAUACCAACUCCGUGAUAUGUUUGUCACAUUCCUAAACACUUGCUUCGUUGCAAGCCCCAAAGGACUAUGGGAGCACUCAUGGAAAUCAAUGAGCGAGGACAUACUUCACAAGAGACAAAGGAUCUUAGGCCACAAAAAUCUGGAACUGGAUGAUGAGACCCUAGAGCAAUACACGUUAAUCGAAGUGGAAAAGUUGAUGCGCAUGCAAGACCGUUCUUUAAAUGAUAUUAAAGAGAUGCCAAAGAUCAAACCUGUUUUGCUAAAAGAAUUGGGGAACAGUUUGUGGAACCAAGAAAUGGAUUACGAUGUUGCCGAGCAAACACUCAGACAUGUCAGUCAGUACAACUUACUUAACACCCAGCAGCGUGCGAUUUACGAAUCAGUAUUAGACUCUGUCGAUAAAAAGGAUGGCAAACUAUUCUUUGUACAUGGCGCAAGGGGCACAGGAAAAACAUUCCUCUAUCAAACCAUUAUAUCCAGACUUCGCUCGAGGAAACAAAUCGUUCUCCCGGUAGCUUCUUCAGGAAUAGCCGCAUUGCUCCUACCAAACGGAAGAACAGCUCAUUCUCGCUUUAAUAUUCCUUUGAAGCUCGAUGAAGAUAAGCUCUGCAACAUCAAACCAGGUACGAUGCUCGCUGAACUCAUUGAGAAAACGGAUAAUUUGGGAUGA